AAAUGUGAAAGGCCCUCACAGCACCCUCUCACAUCGCCACCACCUCCUCCUCCUCCCACCACCACCACCAACCUCUUUGUUGUAUAUAAAACAUGUUUCUGGCCAUGUAGUUUCAUUUAAUCGGGGAGUGAGCUGCUCGGAUAUAAGACGCCACGUAGCUACCACCACCACCACCAUCAACGUGAUCACCUUGACUCACCAUCACCACCGUCACCACCGUCACCACCAUCACCACCGUCACCACCGUCGUACCGCGUGAGCGUCAAGGCCACUACCGAGUCCAACAUCGAGACCACAACCGUGACCGAUCACCACCACCACCACCACACCACCACACCGCUACAACCUCCACCACAACAACACAACCACCGCCACUUCCAUCGCACGACCACAACCAACACCAACACCACCACCACCACAACGUCCACCCAUCACAUCCGCUUCGUAUCAACCCAUCGGUGACAGAGAGUGACGCGGCGACGUUGACCGAUGACAGUUUGACCACGUGGGGGCGACGAUGAUUAUGACGACGACGACGACGAUGACGACCACGACGACCGACGCCAAGUGACAUUAGCGAGGAGGCGAGCGGCCGCCUAGGGAUGCGUGCGGCAUGCGGCGAUGGCCCAGGAGGAGGAGGAAGAUGGGAGACGCGGGGCCCGUGAAGGAGGAACUCCCGAGCCCCCCAUCCUCGCACGGACCCUUCUGGCCCCGGGACUGCGUGGGCCCGAGCAGCGGCACCCCGUGCCACGACGCGGCCACGGCCCAGGAGCGCGACGCGUGGCCCGCCUCCGGUGAGCGCCUACCCGAGGCCACGUGGCCGGGAUGUGGGCGGCACGGGGCCACGGGGGGUGGCGGUCGAGCGUCCUCAGCGACCGCGUGGCGAGGCCGCCAGGUCGUGUUCGACCCCGACCGAUGGGGGACGCGGCCUCUGGUCCCGCUCACCUCGUCCACGUCGUCCACCGUCGCCACGUCGCCCACCGCUUCGCUCGCCGCGUCGCGCGCAGGGCUCUGCGCGCCCGCGCUGGUCUUCGAGUCGCGGUUCGAGUCCGGGAACCUAAGACAAGCACGGCGAGUGGGCGAGUUCGAGUACGAGUUGGUGCUGCGCAGCGACCUGCACACGGAGCGACACACGCAGUGGUUCUACUUCCGCGUGCAGAGAGCGGUCCCCGGCCCCUCGUACCGGUUCGUCAUCACCAACCUCCUCAAGCGGGACAGCCUCUACGGCCACGGCAUGCGCCCGCUGGUGUACUCGGAGGUGGCGGCGAGGUCAGGGGCUCCGGGCUGGUGCCGGACGGGACACCACAUCCGGUACGGACCCUGGAGCAACCCCAGCCGCAACCCCCUGCUCCCCGCCGGGGUGCAGUUCUACUGCCUCGACUUCCUCAUGGAGUUUGCGCACGCGGGCGACACAUGCUACCUGGCGCACUGCUACCCCUACUCCUUCUCCGAGCUGCAGGCGCACGUGCGGGCGCUGCUGGCGCACCCCCGACGCGCCGCGCGCCUCCGCCGCGACUCGCUGUGCGCCACGCGCGCCGGCAACAGCUGCUUCCUGCUCACCGUCACCGACUUCCCGCCCGACUCGUCUCAGGAUGACCGCACGGAGGAGCACGCCGGGAAGCUGGGGGUGGUGAUCACGGCGAGAGUGCACCCCGGGGAGAGCCAGGCGAGUUGGAUCAUGAAGGGAGUCCUCGACUUCCUCACCUCCGACGAGCCCAGCGCCCAGGAGCUUCGGCGCAAGGUGGUGUUCAAGAUCGUGCCCAUGCUGAACCCCGACGGCGUUAUCGUGGGGAACUACCGGUGUUCGCUGUCGGCCCGCGACCUCAACCGCAACUACCGGCACCCGGACAAGGACGAGUUCCCCACGGUGUGGCACACCAAGCAGAUGGUGGAGCAAUUCCAGAAGGACCGGCCGGUGAUCCUCUACUGCGACCUGCACGGCCACAGCCGCAAGCACAACGUGUUCAUGUACGGCUGCAGCUCGCGGCCGCCACGCGGCGCCGGCGACGCCAGCGCGGCGCUCUUCCUCCGCGAGCGACUCUUCCCCUGGCUCAUGGCGCGCAGGGCUCCGGGUCGCUUCGACUGGCGCAGCUGCAAGUUUCGCAUCCGGCAGGGGAAGGAGUCGACGGGACGCGCCGUGAUGUUCCGCGCCAUGGGCAUCGCCAACGCCUUCACCCUCGAGGCGUCGUUCGCCGGCUCGCGGGGACUGAGCGCCAGAAGCAGCGCCAGGGGCAGCAGCAGCUACGACGUGAGUGACUUCCUCUCGAUGGGCCGCAGCCUCUGCGAGUGCGUGCUGGACUACGUGGGCACGCGCGAGGACCCGCGGAAGCUCGCGGAGGCCACGGUGACCCUGACGGACGCGCUCGUGAGUCGGGCCACGGAGAGGGGCUGCUGCGGCCCCGAGGGCCCGGCCGCCCCGCGGCAGCGAGAGAGGACGCUCCGGGCGGCGGAGGAGGCGCGGGAACCACCGCCCGCCCAAGCGAGCGACUCGGAGCGGAGCGAGACGUCGGACACGGAGAGCGCGCGGAGAGAAGCUGACGGCAUCGACGACGCCGGCAGCAACGAUCGGACUCCCGCACGACCGCACGACCCCCGACGCGUGCAGGCCGACACGAAGCCGGCCGGCACGCCGGAGCCCCCGGCGGAGUCGCUGGGACGCCUGGACGAGCGGGACGACGCCGAGCGGACGGGGACGUGGGGCUCCGCGGGACGAGGCUCGGGUCCCGACGCCUCUGGCCCAUCGUGGCCCGGAGGCCCCGACGAACUGCGGACGCUGGAGGAGUGCUACCGGCGCCUCGGCCGGCUGGAGCUCGCGCGGCUCGCGUCAGAGUCCGAGAGCAGCGAGGACAGCAACAGCGACCCCGAGCCGGAGGUCAAGCCGGAACCGCCACGGAGGAGACGGAAUCGCAAAGGGCACCGGGGUCCUCGCGCUCCAGGGCGGCUGCCCCCACUGGGGGGCCGGGUCCCCAAAGGCCCCCCCCAGACGAGAGAUGCACCCGCUGGCAGAGGAGAGGAGCAGCUCCCAGGAUCGGCUCGCCCGGUGAUCGUCGGUGGCGGUGACGCCGGUGGCAGCGGUGCGAUCUGCCGGCUGCCGUCGGGGUUGGCGCCGCGGUCGUACCCGGCGUUCGUGAACCGCUACCUGCACCGCACCAACCGCGGCAUCCCCAUGUACGCGCAGGAGCGCGUGGCCGAGAGGGCGGCGCGGAGGAAGGAGGAGCGGAGGAACUUCGAGAGGAAUGGAGCAGCGCUGUGAGCCGACCGUGAGUGCCGCGUCCUUCGCUCAGUCCAAUCCGGAGCGAGCGAGCGUCCGUGAGCCGCUCCUGGGACGGGAGGUGCUGUCCGACUUGCGCUACUGCAGCCUCGUGUCCAUCUGGCCGGCGAGAGACACUCCGCGCCACCGUCCCGGCCCCAGGAAUUCCCUGUCCAACCCCUCCUCGGUUCCCUCCCGGCCCCAGCUCCCACCGGAGCUCCCGUCAGCGACAGGGGGAGAUAGAGCCUGAAACUUGCCGAGCAUCGGUUACGAGUGAAGCUGUCCAGGAUGAAUCCUCAUCCUCGUCGUUGUCGUCAAACGUGAUCAAUCCACAGCUGGAUGAAGGUCUCUCCGAGACAGAGAGAGAGAAGAGUAGACUGGAGCUGCAGGGCAGAGAUGUGAGCGAUGAUGUUCAUGCAGUCAAUGUGUGAAUGGAGGAAGGCGUCAACGAUUUAGUUAAUGUCUUUGUUUUAAGUGCGUUUUUGUUACAUUUCUUAAUCUGUUUUCUCAAUGCAUUAACAUGUUUUGCUGCCGUGAGACAAACGAGCCACGCGUAAAUGUCUCAGCAGUGUACCUCAUGGGUCUGAGAACGGCCCGCAGAAGUGGAUGUCGCAGAGUUACGCCUGAGAACCCUUCAGGUGACCUCUUACCGACACAGUGGAGCGCAGCACUCAUCCACCCACACGCUCUGCGCACGCUGCUCAAACCAAAACAAACAAAACAAAACAUCCUUCAAGUGGCUUUGUUAUUCUUUACACAACAGGACAAAGACAAAGAUCCCCCGUAUAGCCUACAACAGGCUGUGGGUGCAAGUGCUGUUAGCGAGCGCCUGUAAAGGCCAGGAUGGCACACGACGGGGUGGGUGGCCAAACCCCACGCACUGGUCACAAUCGGACGCACACCACUGCGCCGUGAGAUCGUGACAUGUCAGUCGAACUGAUAUGGGGGUUUAAAAAUAAAGACGUCAAAACAUUCUCACGGCUGCGAUGUAGCCAAAUAAAGUUGCACAUCCAAAACGAA